AUGUCCAAAAAGGAGCAGUUCAUCGCCAAGGAAGUGGAGCCUAUACAGCAGGAUCUAGCACUUGAAUAUUCUUUGGAAAUGGGUUUCGACCUGAUGGAACACAGCGCUUCAUUACUCCAAGACGAGCUGAAUGACAUCACAUCAAUACCGUGGAAUGAAGAAUUCGAUCCAGAUGAAUACCUUGAGGCUGAUUCCACACUAAGGCCAUUCAUGAUGGGGACGAGCUGGAAAUGGAAAAUUCGGAUCUCACAUUUAGAUCAGAAGAUGCAAAUGACAUUCAUCAUGACAGUCCACUGGCACCCAGGGCCCAAGAAUAAUGAGGCAGUCGUUCACAAUGUGCGGAGGUAUCUUGUCAUGCAGAAGCUGGGCACCAUCACUCCAAGUGCCAUGUGUCGUCAUGUUAACAAAGUCAUUGCACUCACACUUGGCUUAACCGGUCCGAAUAGCCACAUCAGUGAAUGUACUGCGGAAACCUGGCUGAAGAAACUUGGAUACACUUGCAAGAGUGUCUGGAAAGGCAUAUACCAUGAUGGACAUGAACGUGAUGAUGUUGUGGAGGCAUGGAAAAUAUUCCUUGAGAAGAUCACCAGAUUGAUGGCCAAAUAUGACAAUCAAACUCUCAUACCCAUCCCACCAUCCCUCACCCCUGAUGAGCAAGAGCAUGUCCUCGUUACCCAGGAUGAGUCAAUUUUUCAUACAAAUGAACACCAACGUCGCUCUUGGCUUUGCAGUGAUGACCAGGCUUUGAAAAGGAAGGGGAAUGGUCGAAAAAACCACAAAGCAAAUUGGGAUCUUCCUCAGCUUCAGACCCAAAUGGUUGACACCAUCAACAUCUUUGAGUUCUUGCACCCAAAUAAGGUUGCUGUAUUCAUUUUCGACUGCUCUUCUGCCCACAAAGGUCUCGCUGCGAAUGCAUUGAAUGUGAACAACAUGAACGUGAAAGGUGGCAGUAAGCAAAGUCACCUACAUGAUACCAUCAUCCCCCUCAACAAUCCACCUCCGAAACCUGGUCAACCGGACACACGUGGAAUGCCACGACAAAUGGUAUACCUGGCAACACACCCCGACCCCAAGUUGGCUGGGAAACCAAAGGGAAUGAAAGCUGUUCUUCAAGAACAGCAAUCUGUUUGGGACACGCUGAUGGAAUGGCACAAAGGGAAGGUGGUUGGGAAGUGUCAGCGCUGCCAGAAGUCACAGGCAAAAAGGGAUGCAGAACAGAGAUUCACAUUAGCAGAGGCACUUGGACAAGAAGCACCCGAAACAGGCGAGCUGCAGGCAGAGGAGGACAAGCCAGAAACAGACUUGGACGACAAUUGGUGCUGCAUUAAAGGACUCGACGCACAACAAGCAGCCUUCGCGGUUAAGAAGUACCACUCCCACCAUUGUGUUGGGCUUGCAACGGAGAUUUUGACUGCACUGGAUGCUGAAACUGCGAGCAGAUGGCUUCUGUAG